AUGGAGCAGACGACAACAGAGAUCAGGCACCUGCAGUACGACGCUGGCCAAAGGAGACCUCCCAAGGGAAGGAAGUACAGAGCUUUGGGUCACAGGCUAGACCAGCUGCAGACGAGACUCCAGGGCAACGACUGCACCGUUUUGGCCUAUGCCGAUGCAGCAGCUCACCUGCUUAGCAUCAACAAACUCAACAACCUAGAGAAGAAGUUCAUCCACUCAUCUAACCAUCUCACCUUCCUUAUGAGAUGCAGAGAUAAUCAUCUCAUCCCUAAAGGCCUUAGACUAACAAGUCCAGUCCACUCACCAGCAUCCAGCAACAUCCUCAACAAAGCAUCCAGCCUCCUUGUCCGAGAGACAAUUCAACACCAUCGCAAGACCAAGGUUCUCACCUUGACCAACAUCAUAGAACAGCAACACCAACUCCAGAACAUCCUCCACCCUGAGAACUACUCCAAAAUGCGCCACCUCCAGACAAAAGCAAACCAGAAUCUAGACGCCCGAACAAAGAAGACCCACAUCACAAAAUUUAACAAGCUCAGGCCAUCAACCAGCACCCGAACCUCUCCCCCUAGAAAAGAAUACCUAAAGAAAACUGUGAUCAACCUUAGCAGCAAGAAUCUAUCUGAAGAUGAUAUCACUGUCCUAGCCAAAGGCCUGAAAUUCUCCCCCACGGUCCGCCUGAACAAUGAUACAUUCAUUGCCAACAUUGAAACAGGCCUACAACAACUGGCACCUGGCGGCAAUGUUGACUACCUAAGACACCAGACAGCCAACAUCCUCCAAACGAAUAACACUCAAAAAGACAACCUAAACAGAGCAGAAAGGAAAGCCCUCAAACGACUAAAAUCGGAUCAGUCCAUAACCAUAGCCCCAGCUGACAAAGGCCGAGCAACUAUCAUUAUAAACACCGAAGACUUCAACAAGAUCACCAGUAAAAUCCUCAACGACACAUCAACAUACAAAGAACUCAAGAAAGAUCCCACCAAUCAACUCCAGAAAGAACACAAGGCCCUGCUGAAAAACCCCUGUGACAAAAAUGAAAUCGGCCCAGCCCUGCACAAGAAGCUCACUGUCCCACAUCCUAAGCCACCCUACGCCAGAGCCACCAUCAAGGCAAAGACGGAGUGGUUUGGUAUCAACUGA